AUUGCCACGUUUUCUAAUUUUGUUUACUUGUUUUGUUGUUUACUAUUUGAAAAUGAGCGCUGUGACUCUACACACGACGAAUUUUCCUCUGUAUACAGUGGAUGUAUUAGAUAAAGAUCAUUUUGUUGUUGCUGGCGGUGGAGGGUCUGCAAAAACUGGUGUCCCUAAUGCCUUGCAAAUAUUUAAACUCAAGUACAGUGAUAAAGAAAUGACAGCUGAGAAAGUUCAUGAGCAUGAUUCAGAGAGAAAGGCCAUCAUGAAUUGUUCCAUUCAUCCCAAGGAAAAAUCUCUGGCCGUCGGCAAGGAGAAUGAAUGUCAUUUAUUAUCCAUAGACAUCACAAAGAAAACACAAUCAAAAACUGAUAAAAAGAAAAAUGACGCUAAGGAAGGGUAUAAGGUGUCAACACUUUGUUCUGAAGUGACAGUGAAAAGUGUUGAUGAAAUUGAUGAUGGUGAUUUUCAGAAAGUUGUACGGUUUACUGGUGAUGGGGAACAUAUUGUUACUGGAGGUUCAAAUGGAUAUGUUUGUGUACUGAAGUAUCCAACAUUAAAAUGUCUUCAUAAUUUCAAAGCUCAUGACACAGAUGUUGAUGAUCUUGCCGUCCAUCCAAACAGCAAAAGGUUUGUGACUGUGUCAAGAGACACAAAAGCUUAUGUUUGGAGACUGGAAGAGGGCAAGCGAGAGUUUGAGUUAUUCUACACUGGACCAAAUGGCGAUGACAGCGAGGACGCUUUCAGAAUAAGAGCAUGCAGAUUUUUGACGAGUGAAAAAGGUGAAAUAUUCUUGUACACAAUCCAAGUUCCUGCCAAAUUUGAUCGUCACAAACCAUCGCCAUCUCUUAUUGUCAAAUGGGAUUGUUCAAAAUGGAUUCCUAAAUUGAGCCGCUCUGCUGGCCUUGAACCUCUCACACAGAUGGCUGUCAGUGAUGACGGUCAUUAUGUUGGUGUCGGCACUGCAUCCGGCUCAAUUGCUGUUUACAUUUCUUGGAACUUAGCGCCUCUUGUUUCUAUUCCUGAAGUUCAUAAUAUCUUUGUGACUGGACUGGCGUUUCUGCCUCCAUCUCAGUCGCUGGAAGACUCAAAUAAAGAAUUUGGUUUGCUCACAAUAUCUGCAGACAAUACGUGUAGGCUUGUGACAUUACCCAACAGAAGAGAAUUCAGCAUUUGGUGGAUCUUGAUUGGCUCAAUAUUAUUGUUAUAUUUAACCUUUCUGGCGCUCGGCUAUCUGGGCUUUGAUCUGUAAAGAUUCCUUGGAUUAGAACUGAACAUUGUCAUUGUAAAUGGAUAGGCUUGAGAGCUGUCAUUUACUUCAUCGCCUCCUUAUCGUCGUAGUGCGUGUGAAAAGACCAUCUAUUGCGACAGUUCAAGUCUGCUUGUGAUUACCUCGAGGAGAAAGCAAUGAAUUUCAUAUUGUUUUGCGAACUUUGAUGGUAAAACGGAGCCAUAAUUUGCGCGCUAGGAUAAAGUAUAAAGUAUGUAUUCUACUGAACACUAUUUGUACAGUAGCUUUUUACCUAAAAAGAGGAAUUAGGUGCUUAGAGAUAUCUUUAAGAAAUCUGAAAGUAACCAAAGGGGAGAAUAUGAAACAGAUUAUAUCUAAUUUAAUCAAACAUCGUUGUUCCUGUUUCCAAAUGCGUUCAUAAGGAUGAUGAGGUAGACACUAUUCUCUAAACGUCGUGCUUAAAAAUACUAGUUUGACGUGAUAUAUAAGUCGUUUGACGUAUAAGAAAUUCAUCUCGUUCGCUAACGAGAUUUCCUGGGAUAUUUUUGCGUAAACUUAAAGAUUUUAUUGUGGAUGGAAUACUGGAUUUUCUUUUUCCAUCAUGUCGUACUUUUGAAUGUUUGCAUUGGAAAAACCCACAGCAGUGUUCCACAAAUGAUCGACUUGCACUCUUUCUGAACGCAUUCAAUCAGUCCUAUUUCUGAUACAGGAGCAACCACAUGCUCAAUUCUAAUCUUAUUGUGUCAAAAUAAAUCCUCUAUAUUGGUUAAGAAGGAUAUUCAAUGGAAAUCUCACAUACCCUUGCAUUACGGGUGUUGACGGAGCUCCUGUUUGCGCUGGGUAAUGACGCAUCUUUAAAGUCGUAUUAUUCCCAGGACAAAUUCUAUAGUUUCUUCUUCAAUAUCGGUUUUGAAAUCUCUCCUCAAGUCCGCAGCAUCGUAAUUACGUUGUAUAUUCGACCACUCACGUGCACAUUGUUACAUUCCUGUUGCGUUUGUUACUUAGGGUUGUGAAUGGUUGGCAAAACGUUACAAACGGUUUUAUGGUAUCCUAACUUUAUUCUCCUAACUUUUAUUAACAAUUUUAUUAAUAAAGAUUACGAAGCGCCACUCGGUUUAUAUGUCAGAGAAUUUGGCGAACUUUCUAAAUUCCUGAAUCCUUAAAGUAAUGGUAAACGUUUUGUAUUUGAAAGAAUAAUAGCACGGAAUUAUUCCGUUUCUUUUUUAUCUGUUAUUUCUACGGCCCGCGA